AUGCCUUUAAUCAGAACACAAUCCACUUCCACCUCCGCAACACCGAUCAUCACUCACCGUGGACCCUGGGAUUCCCAUUCGCGACAGUACCAAACCUUGCGAUUUAUUGAGAGAUAUCUCGAUACAUUGGAUGCAAGCAAACUGAAAAGCACACCCUGUACCACUUUCUUCUCUCCUAAAGCAGUCUUCCAUGACACCAAGGGCGAUGUCUAUCUCUCAGGUUCCCACAUCUGGGAAUGGAUGAAGAGACUAUUCGCACCUUUCGAAUCAGUCACGCAUGAGAUUGUAGAAGUGAGGGUGAUUCCGGAGGCUGAAGGCCAUGCUGUUGUGUAUGGAGAGUUGGUUAGGCAUUUUAGGAUGAAGGGUGAUAGGACGGAUAUCGUGUCUCCCAUGUUCUGCGUCAUUACGAUCGGCCAAGCUGAGGGCGAGGGUGGGAUUGAUGGUAUGCAAAUCCAUGAAGCAAGUGUAUUUUGGGACACGGGUAUUCUCUCUCGUCACGUGAAAAGCAAGGAGGAAGAACAGAAACGACGACGUUAA